AUGGAAGUUCCCGGCUCGUUUGAUUCCUCUAUGGAACUCAACACGCCCAUCAAAAAUCUCCGUCUUGGUUCGCCGUCAAGCUUAUCGCCCAUAUACCCCAAUCUCGAUGAUAUAUUGCCGUCCAGCUCCCCUCCACUCAAUUCUUACAUGCAAUCGUUAGGGUACCUGAGAAAACUAAGCAGUAAUGUGUUGAAGGAACUCAACCAAAGAGCCUCACAAAUUUCUGAAAAAAUGAGGUCUCCACCUUCCUCCCACUCACAGACCACCCAAAGACGGCGGAAUAAACUCGAGUCGAUUUCGAGUCACUAUUCGGUAAGAACAAAGAAAAAGUCUGCACCCAAUUCCACUACAAACUCUUCAACCAAUUCAACUUCAACAAACUCCACAGAAUACAAAGAACACUCCAACAAACGUGAGUCGUUGGUAGGUUCAGCACACUCCAAAAGAAGAAGAACUUCCAACCUCGCUGGCGAGCCUAAUAUGAUCCACCUUCCUCGCCUGUCUCCACUUAAGCAGCUUUCGAGUCCACUCAAGCGAAUUUCUCCUUCGAAAAAAUAUAAUGAUCUUCAUAGCAUUCUCACACUGGAGCCCGAAGAAAAAAGCUCACCGGUCAAAUUUGCAGUGCCAAAACCACGCACUCGAACCCUCACUACUCGGCCAUCGGUGCUUCAAUUGGCUGGUGUCAAACCUUUGCCAGCCUCCACUCUGAAACAAACCACUCUUUCAGGCUCUCCUUCAUCAAAACUGCUCAACAAUUCAGCAAAACUGCUUAGCAAUCCAGGUACAAAACCUCAAUUGCAAAAGGCUAUUCCGGUUCUUCCAAAAACCCAGUCGCUCAAACCAAAAUCAUCGUCCAGCUCCCUAAACCAAAAAACUCACCCAAUCCCAAAUCUGGUGCACCCUAUCCAGCCACAUUCACAUUCUCUGUCCCACUCAAGUUCGUCUCGCACAAAUCUGUCUCACCCAAUGUCGUCUCGUUCGGUUCCAAAUUUGGCUGCAAAUUCGCUGUCUCACUCGAUACCCUCAUUGAAACACGCCCCAAAGGUCAAACUUACACGGUCACCAACCUCCAGAUCGCUAAAAGCACCCACGGUGCCCCAGCCGUUUCUGUUGUAUGACAAGCCUACGAUUUCUUCAUCGCAAAAAUCAUUGGAUAGAUUUCAAAAAUUCAAGAGUAAAUUUAAAUAA